AUGCGGGAUCUGGGAAUGAUGGGCCAAGGCAUGGAGGCCCCUGGCAGCACGCGGGGCCCCAAGGCUGAACUGAGCCAGCGCAGCCAGGAGAUGCGAGCCCUUGUGGCCCUGCAAGAGCAAGGCGGGAAGAUUUUCGCUCAGUCCUGCGAGGAAAAACUCCUACAGAACAGGGAGCUGCUCCCCAGCUUGAAGGCGGCCUUGCAGGAGGAUUCCAGUAUCCUGAAAUUUGUCCUGAAGUACAACAAACUCCCCAUUAAGGAUGCUUUUGGAGAGGGCCAGGAGCUCAUUUCAGCCACUGAGAGCCUGGAGGUGGUCAUAAAGAAGGUUGAGGCCCGAGUCCAUGACCAGGUGAAGGUGUGUGACAUGCUGAUGCACCAGCUGAGGCAGUGGAACCAAGCCAGGGAUGAGCGCCAGAGGCACUUGCAGGAGCUGCAAGAUGCUGAGACAGAUCCUAAGUGGCAAGAGCCACAACUGCAGACCAUUCGCCAGCUGGGCAAUGACAUCGAGAAGAUGCUCAUGAAAAUUCACAGUGGAGAGAUCAUGACCAACCUGUACCUGCGGCUGCAGGAGGUCCUGAGGAGGGAGCUGGUGUACCUGCCUCGAUACCUGGACCUCCUGUGUGGGAUGACUGUGAUGUACCACGAAGAGCUCAUGGCCCGGAGUAGCCUCAAAGCCAACAAUAUCAUCAAGAAACUCAUGGCUGAGGUGGGACCCCAGGUGCGUGUAGAGAAGCAGCUCAGGGACCAGUCCCUGGCUGAACAGAGGAAGCACAUCGAGAGCCUCCAGCGCCAGGAGGAGAGCGAAAGGCAGCAGAGGCAGCAAGCUGUGUCCAUGCUCUCUGCAGAGCAGGACCUGAGCUCCUCGGACGUGCUGAUGGGUGCUGACGUGGAGGCCGCCAAGGCCAAGAUGCAGUGCGAGGCCUUUGUGACCGACAAGAUAGAGAAGGCGAAGACUGCCCUGCAGUGCUCCUGCCUCUGGGACAUCCCCAGCAGCAUCCAGUCCCAGAGGAAAUCCCUGAGGAACCUGCAGCAGCACAUCGAUGAGUGCAGGGAGACAAAGAAGGUGCUGAAGACGACACUGCAGGAGCUGGAGUCGAAGCAAGCUAAACUGAAGUUUAACCAGCCCGUCAGCACCACCAGGCUGUGGGAAGAGGAGCUGAUGGAGAACCUGAAGCAGGAAGAAGCACGGCUAGAGCAGAUGCAAGCCCAGAUGUCGAAGAAUCAGAAGCGCCUGAUCGAGUUUGAGAACAUCAUUGACAACCUGUACCUGCACCUGCAAGGCAUCCUCAUCCCUGGCCAGGAGGACUCUGUUGCAGUGGUGGGACUGGAGGACAAGCUGCAGCAGUGUGAGAAGAAGCUGCAGUUCCUGAAGGAGAGAGUGGCAGCCUGGCCCGAGGAUAGCACUGAAGAAUGCAAUGAGGUACAUGAGACUUUUGCCAAGGUCAGAAACCUUCUGGAGAAAAGAACUGCAGGUGAAACACAGAACCUGAAGAUUUCCUUCAAGGAUGAAGACACUUUGGAAGAUGACACUUUGGAUUUUGAGGAUGAAGACCAUGACUACGUCCCCAGUCGGGAGGAUAUCAAGAAGCAGGGGCUGCAGCUGAUCAGAAUGAGCACCAGACGUCGCAAGAAGAAGUAG